CCAGAAGGUGGGGAACUAAAUCAAAAUGAAAACAUUUCUUCCGCUCCUUCUUGUUGCGACGGUGUGUUUCGGAGACUUGGCCACCGAUCCAAUACUCUAUCCAUAUGGUCCAUCAGAUGGAGACAAAGUAACCCCCAAAAAAGAUGACGGGGCAACUAGUGCCAUUCCUAUCUCUACUGUUUUUAUCUUUUUUGGAAAGAAACAUAAUUCGCUCUAUGUGAACAACAAUGGGGUGAUCUCUUUUGGCGUGGCCGUGUCCAGCUACACCCCUAAUGCUUUCCCUCUGGCAGACGGAAGCCCCUUUGUUGCUCCCUACUGGGGGGACGUUAACAAUGAAAUAGCAGGGACAGUUUAUUACCGUGAAAGCAAAGACCCAAAUCUAUUGGAGAGGAUAUCCAAUGACAUGAGGAAGUACUAUCCAAACUUUAAUUAUAGGGCCACAUGGGCCUUUGUCGCCACUUGGGAUAAAGUCGCCUACUUUGGAUCAAGAUCUAAAAAGACAAACACUUUCCAGGCUGUCCUGACCACCGACGGCAAACUAGCCUUCAUCAUCUUGAAUUAUGGGAUCAUUACUUGGACAACAGGAAAGGCCAGCGGUGGAGAUCCUCUUACAGGAUUAGGAGGUAUCCCAGCACAGGCUGGUUUCAACAGUGGAGACAAGACUAAUUACUUUAAUAUUCCUGGGUCAAGGACACCUGAUAUCAUUAACAUUAAUAAGACAUCCAAUGUAAAUACCCCUGGGCGCUGGCUCUUCGAGGUGGACAAGUUCAGGGUUGCAGGUGGAUGUGUCUAUGAAGCUAAUUUUGUGAAAUACAACGAGACCUUCUGGAAGGAUCCCACCUGUGAGACGAAGUGCACAUGCAACAUGGAUGGGGACGUGGAGUGCGAGGAGGAAUGGUGCUCCGGCAAUUUGCUCUGUCAGCCAUCGACCUGGCACUACUCAUGCAGAAUUGGCAUUGGCCAAUGCUUUUAAGUUCACUCAUCAAAUAUUUCCCUUUGUAUUGUCAUCACUUUUAAUUUUUUUUACAUGAGCUUGAGUAGUGUUCUGUUCUUUCCUUCACAUUGGAGAUUCAGAUUUCCUAUUUUUAGCUUAUAAUGUUAAUGAAUAUGUGCUUUGUCUUUGCUAAGCCUCCCUAUCUCUUUCGCUCAGAGGUGUCUUCAAGCAUCAAUGAAGUAGAUAUGUUAUAGAUGCCAUUGAUUCUAUUUUGUCUUGUGGGAUACUUGCCCCCCUACUGGGAUUGCUACUACAAUUCAGAUGAUAGUAUUCCCUGCCCAACAUUUUGUAGAGAGAGAAAGAGACAUAAAUACCCCAUUAGCCUCUUUUCUACCUCUUUCAAACCAAUCUGAAAAUGCUAGAGGUCAGUGGCCAUAGAAACAAGAUUUACAAUCUCAAGUUCUUCAUUCUUCUGGCAGCAGCAGAAACAGAACUACAGUAGCACUAUGCCAUCACGUCAAUGGUUUAUGACAUCUACUAGGGUUGUAGCCACGGCUGCUUAUAGAGAUCACAUUGGAUAAGCCAAUGAUCAGUGGAGGCCCAGUGCAAGAAGCAGUGCUCUUUCUGUUAAAUGAAACUUACAGCUAUAAAUGGGCCUCUAAAAUUGAACUGGCACCACAUUACCAACCGCCCUUGAGUGGCAACAAGCCAUAUUGCACUUCACCCUCCUACAUGUGAAUGUAAUUUAUAUAUGAAAGGGUAUUCAUUGCGAUAACAUCCAAAUGGCAAAUGCUGUUGUCUUUGCAUCUGCUCCACUGCUUAGAAAGACCAAGUUCUCCUCAGCAGAAAAGCUGUGACCUUUCUAUUUCUUAUGCUAAAUGCUUGAGAACUGCACAUACACAUUCACUACCAUGAAAACUGAAUACUGCUUUGUGAUACUAUGAGUGAACCGAAUUUAGCCGAAUAACAAAAAAAAAAAUCCUCAACAAAAGAUUUGGCUCUACCUUGACUUGAAUCCUGGAUUCUCUGUAUCUCUACUCAUUGCAUUAUGUUUCGUCUUCUAAGUUUUAAAAGCAGGGUUAGAAAUAUGAAAUAAAGCCUCUCAUGUAUUCCAUUCAAAACUGGGCGCAUACCUGUUCUAUCUUUCUUUCCCCUUUCUCCCCCCCCUUUUUUUCUUUGCCUCUUAUUUCUUCCCCCCCUUUCCUACUCUACCUUUUCACGUUUCCUUUCUUUGCCUUUAAAUUGAGAUAAAAAUUAGAGCCUCCUCAGCUGUACACACAGUUAAUCUGUUUUAUGAUAAUAUUGACUAUCCUUCAGUAUGGCAUGACAUUUGCUUAUCCUUAACAAUGUUGAUGAUCAAUGCAUUCUACAUGUACGACUGUAUCUUUUUUUUCUGCUCUUUCUUUAAUAAAAUUAUAAGUUACAAAAAAAAAA